GAAAAGAAAAAAAAAGGGUUAAAGUGAGGGGAGCAGAUCAAGUCUCUCUGUCUCGCUGUCUGUCACUCUGCAAAUCCACCAAACCCCUCUUCCCCAUAGUAGUAGUAAGUUUCAAGAACUCACUUCUUUUUUCUUUUCUUUUUUUGUUUUUUUACAAGUUUUUAUUUUUCUUAAUCUAGAUCUUCAAUUUUAUACAUCCAAACAUAAAAGUUUUCAACUUUUUAAUUUUGACCGCCAUAAUUUGUGGACUUUUUAUACCUGUACUUAUAAAUAUCAUUACUUGCCUUUGCUUCUGCUGUACCCAGAAAAAAUAAAAGAAAAGGGUUGUUAGUUUAGGGUUUAUUAUAUUGUUAAUCACCUAAUAACUGAUUAUUAUAAUUAAUUAAUUAUUGUUUUGGGAGUAUUUUAUAGUUGUAAUUAUUAGUAUUACUAUGAAGAAUGAGUAUUUUUAGGGUUUUGAAUGUGUGUGUGUAAAUGGGGUGUGUUUUUGGUAAAGAGAUUUCUUCAUCUUCUGGGCCUGUGAGUUCUGAGAUUGUUGUUGAGAAAAAGGUGAGUAGAGAUAGUGGUAGUGUGCAUAUUCAUUCUGGGAGAGGUGGUGAGGUUGUUGCGAAUUCGGGUGACGUUGGGGCUGGUGGUGGCGAGGGUGGUGAUGGUGGGGAGGUAGUACAGAAUGGAGGGGAUCAGAAAAAGGAGAAAGAUGGGAAGGCGAGAGCAAGAGGUGAAAGAAGACGGUCUAAGCCGAAUCCUAGAUUAAGUAAUCCGACUAAGAAUAUUCAUGGUGAACAAGUUGCAGCUGGCUGGCCGGCUUGGCUAUCUGCUGUUGCUGGAGAAGCCAUUAACGGGUGGAUUCCACGCAGGGCGGAUACUUUUGAGAAAAUCGACAAGAUUGGACAAGGUACGUACAGUAAUGUGUACAAGGCUAGGGAUACUAUGACAGGAAAAGUUGUUGCAUUGAAGAAGGUUCGGUUUGACAACUUGGAGCCUGAGAGUGUGAAGUUUAUGGCUAGAGAGAUUUUGAUUUUACGGCGUCUUGAUCAUCCAAAUGUUGUGAAAUUGGAAGGGUUAGUGACCUCACGGAUGUCAUGUAGUUUGUACCUUGUUUUUGAGUACAUGGAGCAUGAUUUAGCUGGACUUGCUGCCAGCCCUACAAUUACUUUUACAGAGCCCCAGGUCAAAUGUUAUAUGAAUCAGUUAUUGUCUGGACUUGAACAUUGUCAUAACCGCCAUGUGUUACAUCGGGAUAUUAAGGGGUCAAAUCUUCUUCUUGAUAAUGAGGGGGGUUUGAAGAUUGCUGAUUUUGGUUUGGCAUCUUUCUUUGACCCCAAUCACAAGCAGCCAAUGACUAGCCGGGUGGUUACAUUGUGGUAUAGACCACCAGAGCUUCUUCUUGGGGCUACUGAUUAUGGUGUAGGUGUUGACCUCUGGAGUGCAGGGUGCAUCUUAGCUGAGUUAUUGGCUGGGAAACCUAUUAUGCCUGGUCGUACAGAGGUGGAGCAGCUUCAUAAGAUCUUCAAAUUAUGUGGUUCUCCUUCUGAAGAAUAUUGGAAGAAGUCAAAGCUUCCACAUGCAACAAUAUUCAAGCCCCAACAGUCAUAUAGGCGAUGUAUAAAAGAGACGUUUAAAGAUUUUCCUCCAUCAGCGUUUCCAACAAUUAAUACUCUUCUCGCUAUUGAUCCAGCUGAACGCUUAACUGCAACAGCUGCUUUGAGAAGUGAAUUCUUUAUAACAAAACCUUAUGCUUGUGACCCUUCAAGUCUUCCAAAAUAUCCACCCAGCAAGGAGAUGGAUGCUAAAUUACGUGAUGAAGAAGCUAGAAGAUUGAGAGCUGCUGGUAAAUCGAAUGCUGACGGUGUCAAGAAAACUCGGACUCGUGAAAGAUCUGCAAGGGCAAUACCUGCUCCUGAGGCCAAUGCCGAGUUGCAAACAAACCUUGAUAGACGGCGGUUGAUAACUCACGCAAAUGCGAAGAGCAAGAGCGAAAAGUUUCCUCCACCCCAUCAAGACGGGACACUCGGGUACCCAUUGGAUUCCUCACAACACUUUGAUCCUCCAGAUGUGACAUAUAGCUCUAAUUUUUCACACGGAAAAGCACCUAUCCAGACUUGGUCUGGGCCGUUGGGGGAACCUGCUUCUGCAGGUGGCCCAUUGAGAAAGAAACACAGUGAUUCCACUUCCAAGUCAUCAAGGCAUAGGACCUCGGGUCGAUCCAAGGAAAAGUGAAUGCCAUAAACACGAAUCAGAAAUGUGCAAAUGUUAUUUGGGGCUUUCGGGAAACGUUUUUUUUUAAGUUAAAAAUGGAGAGGUGAAGUAAAGCAAAGCAUUUUGUUUAUUUUUCAUUGUUUGUAUUCUAAUUUUAUUUUUGGAAUGGUGAGAAGAAGGCUCCACUUAGUCUGAAGCAUUGUAAAUGUUACUCAGGUCGGCUUACUUUUAAUAAACAUAAAUUAUUUAGAAUUUGAAA